AUGGCGCAACUCCUGAAUGCCACACUCCCAGCAAAUGCGGCUGCGGUGAGGCUAAACACCACCUGCGUGGGGUACACCGACGCGGUGACCCUGCAGGCAAAGCUUGAUUCUGCAAGGUUGGGGGAGGUCAUCGUAAUCUGCAGUGACAUCGAGGUUAAUGUAACCCUGGCUGUCAGCGAGGCGGUUACAAUCGUUGGAGCCAACACCACCACCGGAAGGCCCUGCAAGAUCUACAGGAGCCCCUCCACUACAUAUCUUGAACUGUUCGAGAUUGCAGACCUGGUGGGGCCUGUUGUCUUUCAAAACCUGGAGCUCUCAGAUGGCUACGGUUCCCUCUACGGCGGUGCGGUUCAAGUCGGAGACGAAGCCGUGGCCAGCUUUAUCAACGUCGCUUUCACCAACAACUAUGCUCUUUAUUACGGUGGGGCCGUGUAUACUGGAGGGAACACGACCUUCCUCGGAUGCGUCUUCGUCAACAAUACUGCGGAAAGUGCUGGAGGUGCUGUCUACCAGCAUAACCCCUCUGGAGGGGAGACGUUGACUGUGUUGACUGUAAAAGACAGCCUCUUUUACGCUUCCACUGCUGGCAGCUCCGGGGGCGCAAUCUUUUUGCCCGACGUCGGGAAUUUUGUCCUCGUCACGGACAGCGUGUUUGCCGAGAGCGAAGCUACUGAGGAGGGAGGUGCUAUCUACGUGCCCUCUGGAUCCAACGCGACCAUCAUUUAUAACCACUUCAUCAACGGGACGUCAGCGAUCGGAGGCGCAGCCGUUUACAUGCAUGGUUGCGGUCUUUUCGCCGAUAACCUCUUCGAGAACAACCAUGCGCCACGUGGAGGCGCGGUCCACACUUACGGCUCAGCGAGCACGUCCUUCUGCGGCGGGGAUACCUUUACGGCAAACUUGGCGCAAGCGCAGAGCCUGGGCGACAACGUCUACGUCGAGUCGGAGUUCACUAAUGACGUCACGAUUGUCACGUCGUUCUGCCCCGCGAUUCCCGUCGGAAUGGUUAACAGGCGGAGGCCUUUCGACGCCUACGUUAACACAAGCUGCGUCGACUGCAACCCCAGCUUGAUCUGCGAUAAGAACGCGACCGGGAUCCUUACCCCCCGCGGCGUCAACUGCACGUGCAACGCGGGCUUCUACGGCAGCGGCUACGCGUGCUAUCCGCUCGGCUAUAACGCCAGGACCUUCUUCAAUCUGACGGCCACACUGAACGCAACGGUGACCAACAUUAUUGCCAACCUGACCCGUUCUACGACGGCGUCAAAUCGCACCUCGGUCAACGUCACAGCUCUGAUAGCCGGUGUUGUGAUGACGCCCUAA